UAUAACCUUAAAAUUUGUCUGGUCCAUGUAAAAAAAUGAUUUUUGUUAUUAAAGUGUGAAUUAAUGAACCAUAAUUAGAAAUGAGUUUAAUAUUUAUUCAAUGAAAUAAUAUUGAAAUUCGUAAUGAAUUAUGUGCCAAGAAUUGUUUUAUUUAGUCGUAGGACGUACAGAAAAACUUCCUGUUUAUGGUACGGUACACAAUUUGUUCAAAAAGAAAACUCAAUUGAACAGGUAGAGUACAUCAAGUCAAUUACUGAAAACAAUACCUUUGAUUGGGAUGAAAUAAAAAAGAAUGUUACAAGUAUUCCUGGAAAGUUUAACCAAAAAAAUAUAGACGCAGUUAUCCUGAAGAUUGCUGUGAAUACUAAAAAGUUUGCAGCUGCCCAAUCAUUUGUUGAUCACAUAACAAAAAAUGAGAGUGAUUUGUCUUUGGGUGUAAUAAAUGGGCUAUUGCAUUAUUAUGCUGAAUAUUCAAAUGUCAAUGCAUUGUCUAAGGAAGAACAGAAGUUUAUAUUAAAGUUAUACCACCAACUGUAUCAUAAGUAUAAGUUUUUAGACUAUACAACUUGUGAAAAUCUCAUCCAAGCCCUAUGUUCAAUAAAUGAAUGGCAGAAGAGUAUAAAAGUUUUGGAUGACAUAUUUUUGUCGAGUACACCCAGCCACAAUGCAUUUAGUAUGAUUGUGGGAACUCUUUUUAGAAAUAAUAAAAAAGUUGAAGCUAUGAAAUUGAUAGACAGAAGUUUGAGUAAUCGUAGACCACUCCUAACUUCUGCCUAUGAGGAAUGGAUCAAUUAUAUUAUGAGAAAGUACAAAGAUAAAAAAACAAAAUUAAAGCACUUAAAUGAAAUUUGUUCUCAUCUUAUUAACAAUUCCUUAGUGUUGCCUGAAGAGGCAGCAGGAAUAUUAAAAAAUACAUUCAUUUCUUUAGAUUGGAUGGCAGAUUAUUCUUCAGUUCAUAUUAGAAGUGGUGAAUGUUCGGCCUGCAAAAAAACAUUAAAUUUAUUAAAAUUAUCUGAUAUAGAGUUUGAAGAGUUACAAAAGAAUAUUAAGGACAAGUUGAUAGUUGGCAAAGAUUUGUUUUUGAAGACAUCACCGGAAGAAUUGAAGAGGUUUUUGGAUUUUAUCAACAAAACUGCACCUUAUGAUAUUGUUUUGGACGCUCUGAAUAUAUCCUAUUCAAGAGGAGUAGUUAGUGUGAAUGAGAGACUACAUGCAGUUAAUUCUGUAACCGAUUAUUUUGUAAGAAAAAAUAAAAAAGUGCUAUUGCUAGGAAGAAAACAUAUGCUAAAAUGGAGGUCCAAUAUUGCACAAACUUUAUCAAAGAAGGCACUGACUUUCUUUACUGAGGAUAUAUCACAAGAUGAUCCCUACUUCAUCACAGCGGCAGUUUUAAGUGGGCCUAACACAGAUAUACUGUCAAAAGACUUGCUUCGUAAUCAUCAGUUCAUAUUACGAGAUGAUACUUUGAGGAGGCUGUUCCAAAGGUGGCAGUGGCAGCAUCAGUGGAUGAUGUUCAUGCCGAAGAGAACUCCAAUCAUUCAGCCGCCACUAAGCUUUACGCCAUGCGCUCAGAAGAGUUCUAAAGGUUGGCAUUUACCGUACGAGAGGAAGAACGCUGAUGUACAAUUACGGCCUGUCACCGGGGUUUCUGAUAACAUGGGAUGGCUGUGUUUGUUACCUAAGUCAUGAUUCGUUCAAAUAUAUUUAAAUAUCUUAUUACA